AUGGGAAACUACCAAUAUGUCUCAAGACUAUGGCUGGACGGUAAUUCCAAAACUUAUUGGAAAGGGAACCUCUGGCAAGGUGAGUGUGCUGACUCAGUCUCCACUAACUCCAGUAUCCUUUGCAAACUGGACCACCCGAACAUCAUCAAGGUAUACGGAUUGCACGAGAACUACAAAGAGACGUACUUUUACCAGGACCUGGCCAUUGGAGGUGAUCUAUUCUCGUACCUGUGCAACGGCACAGACACUCUGCAUCCUAUUCGAGAACCAGGAGCACUGUUCAUCGUCUUCCAAGUCGCCAUGGCACUUGAGUAUAUCCAUUCGAUGGGGAUCACUCACAGAGACUUGAAGCUGGAUAACGUGCUGAUCAAAGACGUACCCAGCCGCUAUCCACAUAUUGUUCUGGCAGACUUUGGGGCAGCACAGGAGUCGUCAUUCCCCAAACUUAGCAGACCUGCAGAUAGAAUGUACACGAUGAUAGGAACCGCAGAAUACGCCGCGCCCGAAAUUAAAUUGGGGCUCGACCGAAGCCAGAAGGGAUACACCAACAAGGUCGACAUCUGGUCGCUUGGGAUCAUUGCCCAUAUCUUGCUAAGUGGGAUAUCGCCAUUUCACGACGAAACUACCGAAAAAGUGUUCCAAAAAGUUCAAAAAGCUCACAUUGACCUCGAGAUCAAACAAUGGAGGCAUAUAUCUGUGGAGGCGAAGCUAUUCGUGAAAGGGUGUCUACGACCACGAGUGUCGCAGCGAUUCGACAUCCACGAUUGUAUGAGAAGCCAAUGGAUCAACCAAAAGGGCAGACGAAAGCUACUGGACAACUGUUACUCAGCAGUGGUGACCAACAAAUGA